AUGUCCAGGGCGUUCGUGAAAAAGCUCGUCAAGCAAGUUGAGGUGCCUCACGAGGGCGACCAGUCCUCGUGGUCUCAGUCAUUUCUAACGAGCGAGGAUCUGCUUCCGGUACAACCAGAAAAGCAAACUUGGAGAACAUCGAAUUUCAUUGCGUUCUGGAUUGCGGACAGCUUCAAUGUUAACACAUGGAUGAUUGUCUCUUCGAUGAUCGAACUCGGCCUUUCCUGGUGGCAAGCAUGGAUCUGUGUUUGGAUUGGAUACGGCUUUGUAGCUCCUUUCCUUGUGGCAAACGCACGGCCGGGCGCUAUUUUUCACGUCACUUUUCCCGUGGUUGCUAGGACGAGCUUCGGAAUCUGGGGCAGUAUGUGGUGUGUUUUCAAUCGAGCAGUCAUGGCCUGCAUCUGGUAUGGUGUUCAGGCCAGCAUCGGUGGUACUUGCAUGAAAGUGAUGCUGCGCGCGAUCUGGCCUAGUGUCCAGAAUAUCCACAAUUCGAUGCCUGCGUCCUCCGGCACGAACACCCGGGAUUUUACGUGCUUUUUCCUUUUCUGGCUCGUCUCGCUGCCUGCCAUCUGGUUCCCCCUUGAUAAAAUCCGUCAUUUGUUCACAGUCAAGGCAAUCGUAGCGCCCACUGCCGGAAUCACCUUCUUCAUUUGGUGCAUCAUUCGAGCUAAAGGAGUAGGGCCCAUCAUCCACCAGCCCUCGACUAUUCACGGUAGUGAUCUUGGAUGGGCUAUGGUCAGCAGCCUUAUGUCUUGCAUCAGCAAUAUGGCAACUCUGGUCACGAAUGCACCUGACUUUGCCUCGCGUGCCAAAUACCCGUCCGCCGCUGGCCUCCCUCAAUUUAUCUCGAUCCCCUUGACGUUCUCGCUCGUCAGCUUCAUAGGGAUCAUCGUCAGCUCCUCUUCUCAGGUCAUUUACGGAGAAACCAUCUGGUCUCCGAUCGACUUGCUCGAUAGAUUCUUGGAUGGCAGCCCAUCACACGCGACUCGAUUUGGUGUUUGGUUCAUCGCUGCGGCCUUUAUCAUCGCUCAGCUAGGGACAAAUAUCUCAGCCAAUUCUAUAUCUGCUGGGUGUGAUCUCACUGCCUUAUUUCCUCGCUUCAUCAACAUCCGUCGUGGCGGAUACAUUGCUGCAAUUGUUGGCCUAUGUAUGCUGCCAUGGAAUUUGCUCAAAAGCAGCAACAACUUCACUUCGUAUCUUUCCGCCUACUCUGUGUUCCUCAGCUCUAUUGCAGGGGUCAUGAUAACGGAAUACUAUCUCAUUCGACGUGGACACUACCGUGUAUCUGACCUUUACAGCAGUCGCAAAGACGGUUGGUACUGGUAUACUGCUGGUGUCAACUUCCGUGCCUACGUCGCAUAUAUUGCGGGUAUAUUAAUCAACGUGGUCGGAUUUUCUGGAGCCACUGGUCGAAACGUUCCUCUCGCCGCGACUCGCAUUUACCAGAUGUCUUUUUUCACUGGCUUUGGCGUCUCUGCAUUUGUAUAUUUUUCUCUGAACUUCCUGAUCCCCUCCGUAGGAAGCUCGAAGGUGUUUGAAGAGGUUGAUGAGUCCGAGUUCGAGUUGGUGCCACCGAACAACGCACAUGACUUGGGAAAGGACGACGAUUCUAAAGACGACGACUCACUUCGAAAGGGAAGCGACAAAGUUCAAGUCCGUGCACAAUCACGUGUAAUAAUGUACUCUUAG